AUGGAGGCUAAUAGUGCGCCGGGGCCGGAUGGAUUCGGGGCGGGAUUCUAUCAACAGUGCUGGGAGAUCAUCAAAAAGGACUUGAUAAGGGCUGUUCAGGACUUUUUUAAGGGGAUCAAGCAGCCCAGGGAUUUCUCCAGUGCGUUACUGGCCACUGUAGACCUCCUCUUCAGGACAUUCUCCAACUCGUGGUUUUCAGUUGUAAUCAAUGGCCAACCUGCAGGUUUCUUUAAGUCUAGUAGGGGAGUGCAUCAAGGGGAUCCUUUGUCCCCUGCUCUUUUCUUGUUUGUAGCGGAGUUUCUGGGACAAGGUCUCCAGCAGCUAGGUCUCAACAACAAGGAUAGUUGCUAUGUCUCGGCCGGCGGUACUGUGCCCUAUCUUGCGUUUGCCAAUGAUACGAUCAACUUCACUCGGUGCUCGGAACCAUCCCUGAAGGCUCUUCGUGAUUUUCUCCUUCUGUAUCAAGCACAUUCUGGUCAAAAGGUCAAUGCAGGGAAGAGCGCUCUUCUCCCGCCCCGGCCCUCGUGCAACUGA